CAAAAUGGACGUACUUUCGUCGAAGACGAUACCCGGGAAGAGAAGAUACACCCGUGAACAGAAGUAGGUCGCUGGAAGAAGGAAGGGAGGCUGGAGCCAAUGAUACGGAAUUAGAUCAGGUUGCUGCCGUGAAUGACUUCUGUGGUUCAGAGGAAUCGAAGAAGAUCUUGGUGUGUAGAGACUGUUUGUUGACUAGAGUACAGUGUGGAAUGUAAGGCAACAAAUGGCUGUUGGUUCAGGCAAAUACUAUGAAGUUUUCACUCACGGAUUACAUAGAUCUACUAACUGUAAACCUGUGAUGUCAUAAAGAUUAACCAGGAAUGGAAUGCAUGACGAAAUUAUGAUGGUCUAAAGAAGAGUUAGGAAUAUGAUGGUAAUCUUACCCAGAAUCAGACAUGGACAAAUUUGGAUUGUUUAAACUAACCGAGCCAGGGAGUCGACAUGGACUAACUUGGAUUGUCUAAACUAACGGAGCCAGAAAGUCGGCAUGGACCGCUACUCGGUGUUGUUUGCUCUACUGUGCCUUCUCGGCGUUCAGGGUUUACUACGACUACCCUACGACUGCGGUCCGCCGUAUUUCAACAUACCCAAGUGUCGCGACCACCCGGACGGCUAUGGGUGUGCGUGUGGACCUGGAUUUCACUGGAACACGCACAGAUGCAUGUCAUCUUCCAUCGACUCGAGGUUCGAGUACAAGGCUGAGGCGCCUGCGCGGUACACCCUGCUGCUGGACAAGGCGUUCCCCGAGCUGACCGCCUUCACCAUGGCCUUCUGGGUGAACGUGAGCAGCGGCCAGCACCCCGGCACCAUACUGUCCUACAAGGUGGGGGACAACACCAACCUCAUACGCAUGAUGAGUGGCCCAACACUUAACUUCGAGAUCUGGGGACAGAAGGAGGACAUGGGUGUGGAACUGCAUCCCGGGGAGUGGUAUCACGUGACGUGGACGUGGACUUCAACAAAUGGCAAAUGGCAUUUCUAUCUGAAUGGGAAUCUACAGCGACACGGUUUUUUCGACAAGGUGCUGCGCGUCAUACCUAUUGGAGGGGAGUUCGUGCUAGGGCAGUCGUCCCGAGAGAAGGUCACGUUCAACAUAUCGACGGGGCUGGACGGUGACCUGGCGCACUUCAACAUCUGGAACUACAUGAUGAACGUAACGGAGAUUAAUGACAUCAUGAGCUCAUGUAAACUCAUGUACUGCGGUAACGCGGUCCAGUGGGUGGACUUUAGGAGCGGAACACGCGGCGCCAUGAAGAUGAGGUGGCCUUCCGGUAUCUUCACUGGAGAAUGUUUCGACGAACAUUUAGCAGCUCGGUCAUGCGAUGUUUUUUGCAGUGAUUUAAAUGGUGCACAAUGUAAUCUAGAAGCUGUUGAAAACAUCAAAUGGAAACGAACGAAGGCCAGCACAUAUGUGGAGGUCACAUGCCCUGGCCAAGAAGAAAACCACUUGAAAAAUCUUACAACAGAUUACGCGAAUCGUUCAUGCCACUUGCUGGAGAACCAGAACGACGGAGUGUGGGACAAGCCUCAGAUCGACGCCUGCAUAUCUGACGACCUGCUCGAGCUCAAGUACCUCGUUAUAGGAGAGCUGGACGAUGGGGAGAUAAACGAAAUUCAGGUUCUCGAUCUGGCUUACAAGUUGUUGAAUCACACGGAGGAGAACGCGUACACCAACCCCAUUGACAUCGCCACUGUGAUCGACCUCCUGGAGUACCUGGUUACCACACAGGGUGUUACUCCAAGAACAGUCACAUGGCUAGACGGAACGAAAACCUUUGCCAGAACAGAAGUCUAUCCAACCUUCGAACAAACCAGAACGUUUUGUCAGAGUGUCCUCUACUUGGCGGUGAGUAGCUUGAGUGUCCUCUACUCGGCGGUGAGUAACUCGAGUGUCCUCUACUCGGCGGUGAGUAGCUCGAAUGUCCUCUACUCGGCGGUGAGUAGCUCGAAUGUCCUCUACACGGCGGUAAGUAGCUCGAGUGUCCUCUACUCGGCGGUGAGUAAGACGAGUGUCCUCUACUCAGUGGUAAGUAGCUCAAGUGUCCUCUACUCGACAGUGAGUAGUUCGAGUGUCCUCUACUCGGCGGUGAGUAAGACGAGUGUCCUCUACUCAGUGGUAAGUAGCUCAAGUGUCCUCUACUCGACAGUGAGUAGUUCGAGUGUCCUCUACUCGGUGGUGAAAAGCUCGAGUGUCCUCUACUCGGAGGUGAUGAGUAGUUCGAGUGUCCUCUACUCGGCGGUGAUAAGCUCGAGUGUACUCUACUCGUUGGUGAGUAGUUCGAGUGUCCUCUACUUGGUGGUGUCAAGCUCGAGUGUCCUCUACUCGUCGGCGAGUAGCUCGGGUGUACUCUACUCGGCGGUGAGUAGUUCAAGUGCCCUCUACUCGGUGAUAAUAGCGUCUACCGUGAACAGUAUACUAGACACGAAGAACGAAGUCGGCUGGAACGCCACUUUGCCGUCUGGUGUAGAGGGAGAUAACCUCAUGCGGGUGAUGCGACAGUUUGCUGACGUCAUUUCAAGGAGCCUCAAGUAUCAUGUGAUCGAUGGCUUUAUCUCCUACAAGGACGCCGCUGUCAGAGUAUUCCAGAAAAAUAUAGAAUUCAAAAUUGAAACUCAGUGGAUAGAGGAGUUUUACGGUACGCGAUUCCCUGACGGCUACGACAGCCGCACGUUUGACGUGGACCGCGAGGACGGCAUGGUGCGCAUCCAGGGAGACGCCUUCCUCAGCAACAACACCCUGAAACCCAAACUUCCAGUUUUCAUAGGUGUGUCGACAUUUCGCUAUUUACGUGCCGCCAUUGUUCUUCCCAACAACGAUGUUAAUAGUCGCAGUUUAGAGAACUGGGUGAAUACGCCAAUCGUUGCCUUGUUUAUUCACAAAGGGGACAGGCCAGUGACGUCAAAUCUGACCUCACCAAUUAUCAUCGAUCUUCCAUUACUUGAUACUUUUAACAUUUCAAAUCCUGAGUGUGUGCGUCUACAGCAUCGUAAUGGCUCAAAGAAUUGGUUGUGGACUACCAGCAACUGCGAAAUCCUGGAAUAUGGACGUCGGUCUGUGCUGUGCGCAUGCUCGGUUCCAGGAGUCUUUGCUGUUACGACAGACAUGUAUAAUGUCAACUGGGACAAGGGAGAUAAGCGACCCGUGCUGAUGAGCUUCGCUUCCUACAUUGGAUGCACGGUGUCCAUCACUCUUUGCGGAAUUACUUUUCUGGCGCAUUCAUUUCUGAGGACAUCCUCCAGCACUGCCUCUCUGCACAAAAACCUGUCUCUAUCCAUUGUGGGAGGUCAGAUGGUGUUCAUGUUCGGUAUCAACCGCUAUGAACAGAAGGUGAUGUGCCAGGUGUUCUCGAUCCUGCUGCACUACUUCUUCCUGACCAACUACUCGUGGAUGAUGAACGAAGCCUUCAACCUGUACAUCCUCAUCACAUACUCGGCUCACUCAGCCAGCGAACUCACCGACUCGGGCUCCAUGGUGCGCUACUACGUGCUUGGCUGGGUGAUACCGGCGGUCCUGGUUGGAGCCUUCCUAGGGACGAACAAAGACGAUUACUACGCCCCCGACAUGUGUUGGAUUGCCUUUGACCACUUCUGGUUGUUUAUAGGUCCAGCUGUUGGAAUUAUUGCAGUUUCCAUACUCGUGUUAAUAUUUACAGCAAAAGAGCAUAACGAAAAUUCGUAUACCAAGAGUGAAAAGACAAACAGAAUAAUUUUGAUUCACAUGAAAGGCGUGUGGACUCAACUUAUUCUCGUAACAGUAUGUUGGUCUUUUGCGUUCGUCUCUCUCAAGAUGAUUGACGCAAUAUUAAAGUACCUCUAUGCCUUGUUUAAUUGCCUACAAGGUGCAUUCUUCAUAGUUUUCUACGUGUUCUUACAUGAAGAGAUUCGAGCAAUACUAAAAAGCAGACAGAAGAAGAGAACGCUAGUGACUCAAGGAUUUGACCUGAUGGAUGACCGGUCUCUCGACUCACUCGCGUCAUACUCAAUUCUAGAGAAGGAAAUCAUGGUUGAAUCGGUGCCACUCAAGUCGAAGGCAGUACGAAGGAAAAUAACGGGCACUCACAAGUCGAAAUCGGAAAGUGGAACUACUGGAGAAGACGGGUCUGACUCCGAGAUGAUAACUUCGGUGUAG